AUGAGUGAUGCCGGGCUGCGCGCGCGCUUCCGGCAGCGGCGCUCGGAGCCGAGCGGCAGCGUGGAGCUGGGCGCGUCCUCUGCCAACGCCUACUUCACGUCCAAGCGGAUCCGCCAGCGCGUGACUCGCAAGCCCAAGCCGCCGCCUCUAAAGGAGCGACAGGCCGCAGAAGCCGCCGCCGCGCAGAGCGCGAGUCGGGCUCAGAAGCAGCGGAGCAACCGACAACGUCAGCAGGUAGAAGAGGACGACGUCGAGGAGGACGAGGAACAGAGCAACGCGCUGCAGCUGCCCCCACGUGGAGAGCUGCUCGCGGAGCUGCGAGCUGCGGACGAACACGUGGAACAGCAGACCAGACGCUUCCAGCAGCACUUCCCAACAUGGAAGAGCGAGCUCUUGGCUGGCUACAACCUGCUCUUCUACGGCGUGGGGUCCAAGCUGUCGUUGCUUCAAGAGUUCGCGUCUACCUACCUGAACGAUGGCAUUGUUAUGCAAGUGCAUGGCUAUCUCCCGACUGUCUCGCUAAAGUAUUUGGCUGAGGCUAUCCAACAGAAGGUGGAACUCUUAGCAUACUUGUGUUUACGGCCCUUUGCAAGCAUGGUUCUUCGAGUUGACGCGAAGCCAAACCAAUCGCUAUCCCAACAGUACCGAGAAAUCGCCAAAACUAAGCCAGGCUCGCGUCAUGUGACCCAAGUUUAUCUGCUCGUCCACUCGAUAGACGGACUGGUGUUGCGGAACCCUGAGGCUCAGACGUGUUUGAGUUGGCUGGCGAAAUCGCCUUUCAUCGCGCUUGUUGCUUCGAUGGACCAUAUCAACGGCCCCUCGAUCUGGAAGGAAGAGGACUCUCUUCGGUUCGAGUGGCUCAGCCAGAAUAUCGACACCUGCGAGCCGUACACGGACGAAAUCGAACUGCGGUUGGCAAAGCGCGCGAAGACGGCGGACGCUACAAGCAGCGGAGUCAAGUUUAUUCUGCAAAGUCUCACACCCACCGAUGUGGCGACUCUGCAAGAGCUAGCGCGCCAACAACUCGCUGCUGCCGAUUCGACUAAGAACCGAUCUCGGAAGCCCCAAAUCGUGGCUUACCAGUCCGUCUAUGAGGCUUGUCGCAAGAAGCUAUUGCAUUCCACACCGCUGGCAAUGAAAAAUUCUGUCAAGUGUCUGGAGGACCAUGGUCUUCUGAAGCAGAGUCGAGUCCAAACAGUGGAGUAUCUGGACAUACCGCUGCCCGAAGCGAUUGUCAGGGCCGAUAUUCUUCAAUUGGAGCCUCAGUAG